AUGACUACGCUGGAGAUGCUGCCAGCACGGACUCUGGCCGAGGUGAAUGAGUUUGAGAGGCUCCUCAAGGAGAAUGCGUCCUUGCAGGAUAUCGUUAACUACACGCUCACUCACCGUGUCCGGUUAAUUCGCCCCGUUGUCAGCUAUGAUACUUCAGCGCUGGCUUUAAGCUUCAUCCCUGCUGUUAGAGAUACAGCUGGCGAGAAGUCCAAUGCCAGCUACUCAUAUCAGCAUCUACGUAGCGAUCUCUACGAUAUCGUGACUGAAGCUGGCUGCCAGCUGGAGGCACGGUACACUGUUCCAUCGGCGCACGUUACAAUUGCACGAUUUGUGCGCCCAGUUGGAUGGCCUGAUAAUGAAACUGAGGAGCCGGUUUUCUUUACUAAAAGAGCUCACGAGCUUGUUGCUGCAAUUGAGGACAUCAAUCGAGAAUUAAAAUCAGAUGAUUGGAAGCGAUUUGGCAACCCGUCGCGGGGCGAGUGGGUAGUCGGACAAGAGAAAGGACUGGAGUUGAUGAAAGGUCGAUCCUGGUAUGGAAAGGGCGAAAGUAUUCUCCUCGGCGAAGGUUUCUCGUGA